AUGCCGCCGACCAGCAGGGCAUACGUUCAAGAGGACAAGAGCUUGCACAUCAAGAAUGUCGCUCCUGCGGAUGAUGGCAUAUACGUUUGCGAGUCAGAAAACAUUGUUGGGUCAGCUUCUGCUUCAGCGACACUCACAGUGCAUUCCCGUCCAGCAUUCCGCCUCACUCCCCAGGACCAGAAAGUGGGGCUUAACGGUGUCGCCAAGUUUGACUGUCUGGCGACAGGCAACCCCCCGCCCUCCGUGUUCUGGACCCGGGAAGGCAACCAGGUGCUGAUGUUUCCGGGCAAGUCACACGGCCGCUUUUCGGUCAGUCACGAGGGCACGCUCACCAUCACAGGGGUGCGCAAGGAAGACCGAGGCUACUACGUAUGUUCCGCUCUGUCCGUGAUCGGUUCGAGCAUGGCCAAGGGUCACCUGGAGAUCACCGCGAUUGCCGACCUUCCUCCGCCCAUUAUACGACUAGGGCCGGCCAAUCAGACACUGCCUGUCCACACGGCCGCCCAACUACCGUGCGAGGCGGCCGGCACACCCAAGCCUGUCGUGCAGUGGCUGUACAAUGGUUCUCCCCUGAACUCCGAAGAUCGACCUCGAUUCACGUUGCUCGAGUCUGGCAUGCUGCAGAUACAAGACCUUCAAAUGCCGGACAGUGGUGCGUACACUUGCAAGGCGUCGAGCGAAAGUGGCGAGACUUCCUGGACCGCGUCUCUCACUGUCGAUUCCCCGCACAAUCCAAAUGUAAAUUUUCAUCGUUCUCCUGACCCGUCCACAUUCCCCGGACCUCCUUCUCAACCUGUGGCGGUAAACACAACGGAGACUUCUAUAACACUAACUUGGACACGCAGCGAGAAAUCAGGUUCAUCAUCACUCAAGGGAUACACAAUUGAGUACUAUAGCAGCGACCUCCAAAGUGGAUGGGUUCUGGCAGCCCACCGAGUUCUUGCGGAAACGCACACUAUCCAAGCCCUGCAUCCCGAUUCACGGUACAUCUUCAUUAUACGUGCGGAAAACUCUCAUGGACUAGGGGUACCCAGCCCUGUCUCCGAAACUAUACGAACAUUAGGAAUGGCCGCACAGUUUCUCCCCGAAUACAACCUCGAUGAAGCUCGAGAGAAGCUUAGUGCGAGUGUGGUGACACUUCAAGACAUACGUGCCAUGAGUUCAACAGCCGUGAAGCUGAACUGGAAGGUUCAAGGCAGCAAAGAUUAUGUCGAGGGUUUUUACGUUCGAUUCCGGGACAUGAGUGGUGGCUCCCAAAAGUACAACAUGGUGACCGUGCUGAAUGACGGAGCCCUUUCCUAUGUGCUCAAUGACCUUAGAAAGUUCACGAAAUACGACUUCUUUCUCGUGCCCUUCUACAAGAGUGUCGAAGGCCCACCAAGCAACUCGAGGAGUGUUCAAACGCUUGAAGAUGUGCCAACAGCACCACCUGACAGUGUGGAAGUCCAUGUUCUCAACAGCACAGCUGUCACUAUUUUCUGGUCUCCCCCACCACCUCAGCAUUGCAAUGGAAGACUCCGAGGAUACACUGUGUAUGUGACUGAAAAUGCCUCUGAUCUCAAUAUCAAUCAAAGCACAAACUCCACAACUAACAGCCUAACAUUGAGCAACCUGAAGACAGGAGCCACGUACGAAGCACGUGUGGUUGCUGUAACCACCGUUGGUGGGGGACCAGCCAGCAGCCCAGUCCACUUCAAAAUGGAAAGCCCAACUUCCUCCACAUCGCUUUCUACUCCUCUUCAAAACAUCAUAACGCAAUCAUGGUUCAUUGCACUUUUUGGAUUAUUGCUGCUUGCAGCAGUGACAACUUUUGUGAUACUUUUAGUACGAAAAAGACGGCUGGAACAUGCGAAGACAAUUACAACAGCUCCAGUACAUAAGCAGGAAGACAUCAGAAAUUGCUUCAAUUCCCUCUCUGGCCCGGCCAGUCUGAGCCCUCAUGAAGCCUUGUGGAUCGACCAUAGUGCCUGGAGAACUUCGGACACCAUGAAAGAGCCCUUCUGUGAUGCAAAGGCUGUUAACAAGAUGAGCUGUGCAUCAAACGACUGUCAACUAUCUGUCUACGCACCUUUAAGCUGCGGCGUUGAUGCCACUGACUAUGCAGAGGUGGACACUUACAACUUGACAACAUUCUACAAAAAGGACCUGUCGUCUAUACCGGAGCCUUAUGCUACUACCACAUUGAUAAAUCCUUCAUUCCAGAAGAGUUCAAGUGGUUCAGCCAGAGAUAGUCGCAGUGGAAGCUCGGCAGAAGAAAGGAGUCGGACGUCAGACAAAGCUUUUGACCUUGAACUGAAGCAGGCUAGCGCAGAUGGUGUUACUGACCUGCUGUUGGAAUCAGAUAAGCUCACUAGUCCGGCCAGUGACUCGGCCAGUUACACAACAGAUGAGUACGGGAUGCCCGUGAAAAAAAGCCGCCAAAAGUUUUCGCGAGGACGAGCUGUCUCUCGAGGACCCCUGAUGAAUUGGUCCAAAAUCAUUCCUCCACCGCCUGAGAAGCCGCCCAGUGAAGGAGGUUCUCAGCUAAAUACUCCUGCGUCUCUCAGAAGGACAUCGCCUCUUGACGGGCAACCCAACAGAGCCCCUUUCCAGCCCAGUGGAGCACAGCUAUCCAACAAUUUGAGGGCAGUGCAAGUACUGCCCCGAUUCCCAGCAUCGUUACCUAAGAUUUCCCCAAAUCAGUCCAGCAACAGCCUAGGGAGCUCCUAUGCAGGCCCCUACCAAGAGGGUGCUCCAUUCCUGCCCAGAGAAAAUAGGCCCCUCUCGAAGACCAUGCAGCCACAGCACAUACAGCAGCCGCAAGAGCAGAUAUUUGGCAACCCUUUUAUAGACCGAGGAGUACAGUCGUCACUGCCAUCACUCGUCAGCGAGCGCACAUCCUUCAACGCUGCCAUGGCGCCAUCAGGUCCACGGCUGGCCACACUUCAAGGACACAUCUACCAGCCAACAGAUGCAGGAUCUGAUAUGGAAGAUGCAUCGCAGCCACAGUCGUGCGAGUCCAGUGUUGCAGGAGACACAGAUUACGCACCAAGUCACACACUGUCCUGGGCCAGCACGACAGAGCCGAGCAACAGCUCUUGCACAAGUGGCUGCUCGAGCGGGGCAAGUUCCUACGACGACUCUGUCUACAAUGAAGGGGACUUUGCGAGUGCAGUGAUGCGAGCAGCUCAAAAUGCUGGCUUCCAAGUCAAUGGGUCUGUCAUUUCUACAGCACCUGCAUCUACCGCACAAGGAAUCUCGUACGAGCAGCAAAGCUUCCCAAUAUAUGACGACCCUCCUGAUAUGGUCGCAUCUCCGAAUCAACGGAGGAAGCAAGGCUGGAAGGUGGUUAGUUGAGACAAUGUCACUACCCAACGAUGCCACUCGAAACAGAAUGCCUGUAGGCAUUUCUUUUGGUGAAAAGGCCAGCAGCGACUUGGGCAAGACAUCAGGGAAAAUUGAAAUCAUUGGUCAACAAGUCGUGUGUCAACUUUCAACAAAGCCUCUGUAUUCUGAUGAUAUGAUGAGAGCUCAAUGAUGGCUAUUCUAUCAGAAUCACUGAGCGAGAUCCUGCAAUAUACGGAUGCAAAGACAAAGGAGCCGAGUGAAAGAACUCUCGUUUCAAUCUCCAUGUGAUUUUUCUGACCAAGUUCCUUUUGUUGCUGAAAGAAGAUUUACGAGAAUUCGUGUGACAAGUCCACUGAAGUAUGCAAGAGGAGCGAUGUGUGUGCCAAACGAGGAACGAUAUCAUGAUGCAAUAAUUAUGAAAUUAUUAGGGAGUGCCAGUAGAGAGGACACUGUACAGUGAGUGUUCAUGAGAUGUGCAAGAGCAUGUGUGCCUAGAAUGUGUGUAAAAAAGGUGUGAGUGUCUGAGUAAAUGAGUGUGUGCAAAUGAAAGCACAACUGCUUUUGCAAUGUGUUAAAACUUUGUUGUGCAUAAUGGCAGACUUUGUUAGUGCCUGGCAUGGUCAUAACUCAGCUGCCACAUCCCAGCAUAUCAAUGGACUGAACUGUGAAUUUUUUUGUGAUGCUUUGCGAGUUGUAAAUUAGAGUGAGUAGGCUUAACAUGACGUGAAGGUACACCAUGGAAAAAAAGGCAGGCACGAUUAACAUGGAUGCAAGGAACAAGGUGAGAAGUUGCAUGUUGAUUACGGAGCCAUCAAUUUGCUGCCUGCCUCUUUUUUUCUUUUGUACCUCGAACCCAUUUUCUUUGAUGGUUGCAACAGUGCUCCAGGGCAUUGUUUGGGUGUAGCACAGUUUCUGUCCAGUCCCUCAGUGGUUGUUGGUUGGUGUACAGGCAUUAGCAGAAUGUUUUUAAGCAGGCACAGUGUGCUGCACAGCUUCUUAAUUUAUUGUUGAAUAUUUAAUUUUUGAAUUAUGAUAGUACUUUCAGAAAAAAAAUGUGCUUGUACAAAGUGAAAAAACAGUCACCAGAAAUAAAAGUCACUAUUGCCUAACCUAUGAAACUGAAA